UGUCGCGAAUCGCGAUGUCGCGUUUCUCAAGUUGCCCUUGACUCCAUCUUUUUAAUUACUGUUUUUAAAAAGUUUUCUUUAUAAUAUAGAGAACAUUUUAAUAAAUCGUAUUAAUUCUAUUGUUACAAGUGUUUUUUAGUGUGAUGUGAGUGGUUUACGGUGUGGUGAAGUAUAGUAUCCCUGUAGCGUCACCUGACUGGACUCAUUGUCAUUUCCCGCCAUUGUGGCUUUGCUAAAACUAAUUUCGAUUUUCUGUUAAAUCCAAAGUGGUUUAGAUGUGGAUUUAUUAAUUUGCGUUGUUUUGUGCCUGAGUAAUGUCAUUACACGGUAAUGACGUUUGUUUACUAGAAAUAGAAGACUACAACUUGUACGAAGAAGAAGCAUCUGAUCACGCUAAUUCAAGAAGCGACAAAUUGCCACCGGGUAGCAAAACCAUGGAAGCAGAGAAGCGAAUUCGGCGUGAAAUUGCAAACAGCAAUGAGAGGAGGCGUAUGCAGAGUAUAAAUGCAGGCUUCCAAGCUUUGCGCACCUUGCUACCACGUCAUGAAGGCGAAAAACUUAGUAAAGCUGCCAUAUUGCAACAAACAGCAGAAUACAUCUACUCACUGGAACAAGAAAAAACGAGACUUUUAUCUCAGAACUGUCAACUAAAGAGGUUGCUGAACCAACAUGAAGGAGGAGACAUACCUCUAAAGAAGAGAAAAAGUGAAAUUAUCACUCAUAUUCCUUCCAUAAUUCCUGAUUCCACUGAUGAUACAAUUACAAACUCAAGAUCUCCAGAACCCGUACCAGUCAUAACGGUUUCAGGAAUCAGUCAGAAAAAGGAAUCUGAGAGUGGAGAGUUACGAGUGCAGCUGGAACGUGAGAAGCAAUUGCGGCGCCUACUGGAAGACCGUCUCACCACCAUGGAAACUCAGAUUACACAUUCGGUAGUUCAGUAUGAAGAAACAGAGGAAGUGGACUGCAAAAUGGAGAAAUCUGAAGUGCAAGAACCACCAGCACCAGAAGCACCACCUGCUGUGGCUGCCCCUCUGCUGGAAGCCGCCAUCAAGGCAGAGCCUCGGGUGGAAGUAGAGGUGCUGCCAGAAGCUGCUCACGAUGCUCCCUCGCGGUUGUAUCUGCCCAGCACGAGCCGCCAGAACCUAGAGACCAUCGUGGAGGCCAUCCGUCACUUGGAGGGUGAUCACCUGUUUGGGGAGGUUGGCACUGAUGCUCCUCUGGCAUUGACAAAAAAAGUGGAACGAGCUCCACCACAGCGACCAGGAGUUAUAGUAGUGAAGCAUUCGUGAUUGUAUUACUAACUAGUCGUGGACUUUCAGCUCGAUAAAUCGUGUCUAUUUGAAGAGACCUCACCCUCCUCGAAUAUUUUGUUUAGUUGUAUAAACACCUUUUCCAAAGUGACAAAUUGAUAAGUCUGUGUUUCGUUUAUAACGCUUUGAAGUUGAGUGUGAGAUUGGGGUAAGUCUGCACUACGAAAUUUCACCGCGCGUUUUAUCUGCAAAAUUCUGUGAGAAAAAUUGCAAUAUUUUGCAGUGCGGGCUUACCUUUACUGAUUGAUGAAAGUGACGUAAGUCGAUUGGCGCUGUGCUUAGUUUAGUCUCAAAUUAAUUAUGUUUUAUGAUUAUUAUUGAUUUACUCAGGCUUAUUACAGUUAUCCAUUGAUGGAGGAAUGACUGAUUUUGAUAAGAAUAGGUGGAAAUGUCUAGUAAUAGAAUGUGCCGCGUGCCAAUGCUGUUUGUUUAACAUUAUUUCAAUGCAGACAUUCAGUUUCUUCCCUGGUUAAUAUCUUUAGUUUUCUCAUGAUGUUUAAUGUUCAGCGGAUUAUGGAAUGCAAGCAAUAAUGCUGAGAUUGGCGUAAAGAGGUUGUUAAUGAAACAGCAAUAAUGAAGGGAUAGUUAAUUAUUUUCAAAAAUAUAAUUAAUAAAUUUAUUAGCUCUUAAAUAUUAUGAAAUGUAGGCAUGCGGCUACUAUAUACUUAUAAUUUCUUUUCAUUUAUAUCAGCUGUGUGACCAUACAUGUCGCACAACACUAUAUUCUGUAUAGCAAUUAAUAAAUAAUUUUAAAAAUGCAUUCAAGUUAUACUCUGACAGCAUCUCUUCACUUACAUUUAGUGUAAAGAGUACAGACACCUGGUAGUAGAAAAAAUAAAGUAAAAUUGAAACUCAUACAAAUCUUAAUCUACAAUGAAUUAUCCAAUAUCUACUAAUCCAGUGUGGUAGGUUGUUAAAAUUCCAGUGAUUUUAUAUUUGAUAUUGGUAUGUUAUUGUUAGUGGCAAUAAUUAAUAUUUAUUAACGUAUUAGUAAUGCAUUCCAUGUGAUUCUGAUUCCCACAAAAUAAAUAAUUUUGACCUGAUAGUGCUAUCCGGGGUUUGAGAAAUAACAUUAAAAUUUCUGACCGUAGCUAAAGGAUUGUAAAUGUGAUAAAAAAAUUAUGACUAAGUUAUUUUAAAUGAAAAAUAAAUUAAUAUGAUGCUUUUAUUCUUAAAAUCAUGAUUUUUUGAAUAUGUAUUAAAAAAUUGCAUGGUGCAGUGCUCUGGCUGUAUGUAAUAAAAUUUACUAGUUGUCACAGCUUCACUUUAGGAGAAUUUCUAAAAUCCCUUAAAAAAAAUACAUGUGAAAUCGCAAACUCCUAAAUCCAGCAGUUUGAGCUGUAUGUUUGUGUCAGUCAGUUGAUUUCCUGACAUACAAUAUUAUAAUAUUAUAGAUAAGGAGAACACCCGCAUAAUCUCAUAUAAUAUAUGUUAUACAAGUUACAACCAAUAAAUGAAUGUGUUUGGACAAUUCUACAGUUUUGAAAAAUUGUUACAGAUCAGUUAAAGUUGUAUAUAUUAUGAUUUGUAAUAUCUGUUUGAAUUUCUUUAACAAAACUGAAUUUAAAUCAUUUUUGAAGUAUUCUGACUUUAUUUAAUGGAUAGCCAUAUUUAUAGACUAAUAUUCUGUUAAAAAAUAUUAAUUUCUACCUUAUCUUGACAGAAUCUCAUGUAAAUGAGUUGUGAAUAUUUUGAUCAUGUUAUAUUGAUCAGUUUUAUUGUAAACAUCUCAUAGGCAUGCAGGCCUGUGCUGUUUCCAGGUCUUCUAUAUGAAGGUAAAACUAGGAUGGAAAUAUCCAGUAUAGUAUAAUGUAAUGUAAUCAUCAUCAGUACAUCUUGGAUUGAUGUGGAAAGUGUUUUUUAUAGUUUUACUUUACUAGAUUUAGAAAUUAUAGGUUUUUCCAGCUCAUAAUUUGGUGUAUAAAGUGAUUUUACUGUUUGCUUCAUUGUGCU